UUAAGCAAGGACUUAAGAGUUGCUUGAUCAAGAUGGUCUUAUUCGAAUGAGUCGAGCUUAAGACCAUAUAUAUUCAUAGUCAGAAAUAAGCAAUUGCUUGGUAAAGGAAAUGCAGCUUAAGAAUUUCUUGACCAAGCAAAUGCUUAAGAUGAUCUUAUUGAACGAUCGGCUUUUUCCGUAAAUAUUCUCUUGAAUCCACCAAUAAGAAAUGGUUUUGAAAAUUCGCCUCAAUGCGCCAAGGAAUAUUUAUACCUGCGUUGUUUUCAAUUUGAGUUUUUCGUUUCAGCGUUUGAACGAACAGUUCAUUCUGUUAUUAUAAUUGUUUUUAUAGUAAAUAAUAAUUACAAAUAUAAAUAUAAAUUUUGUGUAUAAGGUUAAAAACUGUUUUAUUGUGAACAAGUGAUUUAAUUAUUAAUAAAAUGUCUAAAAAGCAUUACACCAAUACGGAAAGAAAACUUUUCCUGGAAAUUAUCAAAAGAUUUUCCCAUGUUAUUGAAAAUCGCAAAAGCGAUUGUUCCACCUUGAAAGCUAAAGAGGCUGCGUGGAGUGAAAUCGAGGAAAAAUACAAUGGCUCAGUACUUAUUGCAGAGCAGAGGUCGGUUAAACAGUUAAAAAAAAUGUGGAGCAACAUGAAGCUGCAGCAGAGAAAUGCUUUAACUCAGGAAAAGCAAGAUGUAAUGGCAACGGGAAACUUAAAUGUUCCAAUAAAUGUUGCUGAAGUGGACCCAGAUAUAGCCGCUAUAGUUCCUGAUUUAAUGGCCACUGCGCCAUCAUAUUUUUCAUCAAACUUCUCGGAAGAUUUAAUAAAUGAACGUCGAGAAGCAGUUUUUGAUGAUGAAGAAGUAUCAACAGAGUCCCUCAGAAAUGUUGUAACUUCUAAUUCUGAGAUUCAGGAAUCAGAGGUUUCAUUCCUUUUGAACACGGCAUCUUCUGUGAUUGAUGUUAAAAAGAGACGUUUUCAAGAAGAUGAAAUUAAUUGUUCACAAACAUCGACUCCUUUGUCUGUGAAAAGGAGGUGCAUGAGCAAGGAGUCCAUGCUCGACUAUGAAAAAUUGGACAUAGUGCGCUCUACAGCAAGUAGUAAAGUAGACAAGCAAAAGCUUGAUAAGGAGACGAAAAAGACUGAGCGUUUGUUGAAUAUAAUGAAAAAAGAGGAAGAGCUGCUUUCGUUAAAAUUGGAGCACCAAAUUAGAAAACAGAAGUUAGAAAUGGAGCAUUUAAAAAAAAUCCACGAAUUAGAAAUUCGUAAAGCCGAAGCAGAAGCUCAAUUGGCGGAAAUGCGGUUAACACAGGCAAUAGAGCUUACACCAUUGUGAAUUGAGAUGUAUUGUUUAUGCUUCGAGUUUUUAACUUAUGUUAUUUUUUUAAAAACCUUAUUUCCUAUUCUUUUAAAUUAUUUUAUUCCAAAGCUAGUACAAUUAACAGUAUUAAGUGAACAUUUUAUAUUUUAGUAGACAAUUUAUUA